UUGUGUACGUUCUUUCUUCCAGUUCUACAGCAAAAAUGAAGGGGAUUAUUUUGUUUGUUGCUAUUUUCUGCUGUAUCCAAGGCAACACAUUUGCAGCAUUAAAAAGCGGAAAGAAUGGAGCAUGCACCCAGGAACCGAGGGAUAUUUUUCUCGUGGUGGACGGAUCAGCAAGCAUCGGCAUCUCACAGUUCGAAAGCGUGAGGCAGUUCAUUCUCCAACUGAUCAAAGCUGUUCAAGUGCACGAGGAUUAUACUCAUUUCGGCCUUUUGCAAUUCAGCUCAGACGAUAAGACAAAGGUUGAGUUUGAACUCGACUAUUCUCAUAAAUCAAACGUGUUGUUAGACAAAGUGCGCAGUCUGAAGUACCAAAGUGGUACUGCAACAAAAACUGGCUCCGCUUUAGAUAUUGUGGAGAGAGAGGUUUUCACCCCUGAAGCCGAUGAUCGUCCCAAUGUCCCAGAUUACCUCAUAAUAUUACUGAUGGUCAGGCACAGACAGAAGACGAGCUUACAGGGUUUCAGAGAAGCUGAAGCGGAAAGAGAAAAAUUGUAG